UUUAUCUAAAACAUUGAAUACAAAUGUUAAAAUUGCUACGUUACACUGAAUUUUUCCUCUUAUUUCACUUUGUAAUAUUAUGAAUUGGUGCGUACAAAAGAUUACAAACUGUCAUAUCAAAACAUUGAUAAAAUGAGCACCCUUAACGAUAGCAUAUUGAUAUGACAGAUAACACUGAUAGUAAAACACAAAAGAGGGAUUUUUACAUGAUUUGGGGAUACAGGAAGUGAUUUUAUAGAAGGAAAUGAUGUCAAAUUCGACAGACAAUUCUACUGGUGUUUGGGAAUCAGCCGUUCCUCCGUCUCUCCAGUUUGUUUUUGGGGUUCUUGGUAACACUAUUGCUCUGGUAGUUCUGAAACUUUCUGCAAAGACCCACCAAUGGCGUCCAUUUUAUCGCUUAGUAGCUGCUCUAGCUUUGACGGACGGUGGGGGGAUCUUACUGGUGUACCCCACGGUGAUGAUCAGGUAUGCUACAAACUUCAACUUCAUCAUGCCAGCAGCGCUCUGUGGAUACAGUUCUUUUAUAUACUCGUUCACCCUUCUGGCAUCCGCUAUGAUUAUUUGUGGCAUGUCUAUUGACCGCUUCUUUGCCAUCUUGUAUCCACACAUGUAUAACACGAACACAAAGAACAAACGUGUUCACAUUAUGCUGGGAGUCAUUUGGAUCACUACAGCCGUUUUAUGUAGUCUGCAUCUGUUUGGACUUGGUGGUAGUCAUAGUUUCUACCCGCAGUCCUGGUGUUUCAUCGACUUUAGUAAUGUUGCUACAAACGACGCGCCUGCGAAAUUGAAUAGAGCGAACUCAUUCAUUUACUCCAUAGUAGGACUUAUAAUCAUAGUAUCAACUGUGUCUCUGAAUAGCACUGUGGUGUUUACAAUAUGUAGAAAGCGAUUUCUAGUAAGGCGGGCAAAUAGUCGAUCAGAGAGUCAGGAUCAUAAAAGGAGCAUCUUCAACAUUGUGUUUUUGCUAGCAAUAGUUGUGGUUUUUACGACCUGUUGGACGCCAUUGAUAUGUGUGAUAUUUGCUCAUGCUGCCCUCUGGAUAGACGGAGACGGUCCUACAGAAUUACUCGUUCUCAGACUAGCGGUUACAAACUCCAUCAUCGAUCCAUGGAUCUACAUUCUGCUGCGGAUGGAGAUGGUAUUAGCAAUAAAGCGGCUAUUUAUCCACUGCAUACCUUGCAGAAUAUCAUAUGGAAUGAAUCCACCAUCGUCAAGCGAUACUCGUAGUUCUGUGACGUCCUUAAGAAUGUCUGAUGGGUCACAAAUGUCACUGCAGAUAACGACUGGAGGAAGUGACGGUCAAACUUUCCCAGGGACUGAGAGAAAGUCAUACCCUGACAAACAACCGGUGUAAGAAACUGGCUGAAUCACGAGUCAUAUCAUCACAAUCAUGUGUGGUCCAUAGUCUAUAUACAAAGCGAAAUACUUACAACUCUUAAGGAAAUGGAUAUACAUGCCUUGCUUUCAGUUUAUAUUGCCCCAAGGACACUUGAUAUUAAAAAAGAAUAGAUGCAUGGGAAUAUAUUCUUUGAGCUUAGUUUGGUUGUAAUUAGUAAAAAAAAAAAAACCAUUUAGAUCCUGAAAAUUUUAUACUUGCUAUGGUGUUCAAAAGUUGAAACAUAUUACCCCUUCCUAUAUAACUCCAUAUCUUAACCCUUUGUUUUAAAUUGUGAAAUCAUGUGAUUAAUUCACUUUCCAUACGGUACAUAAUAUUCAUUUGUAUUCACUUUACUUAUGGAAACACAAAUCUAAUUCCAUUUUCACCGGGGUUUUUUUGUAAAUAGUAGCAAGUGUCAGUAAGAGACACAUAUGAUGUCCUACAUUGUUUAAUGCUAACAUUGAAACUGAUGCUAGUAUCUUUUAUUUAUGUGAUUAAUUGACGGACGAUCUGGUUGUUAUACGCUUGGUUGGCGAUAUCCUAGCCAUUAUAACUGUUGUAAAUCGAAAAGGCUUGACGUGAGCCAGUUGUGAACCUUUGGAAAAGCUGCGGCGAUCCACUAUACAAGUCUAUUCCUGUAGUCAAAGAGGUUGUGAUAUUGACACAGGUCCACAGUUUUGAUCAAAAUAUUUAAUUGUUAAAAUGAUACAUGUAACAUAUUUCAUAUACAAGAUAUUUUGUGCGAGAAAAUGUGUUUGCUAUUGUACGUUACUUACUAUUAAAUAAUGUAUAUUUGUA